GAAGUGAGAGAGAAUGACGUUAGUGAGUGAGUGAGCUCCACAUUGCUGUUGCCCGUCUCAGAUGCUCGCAGUGAUCAUGGCGGACAGCGCGAGUGAGAGUGAUACUGAUGGAGCGGGCAGCAGCUCGGCUACUCCCCAGUGCUCCACUUCUUCCUCUUCCAGCAAGCAGCAGGGUUUCGUGAUCUCCCCGUUCCGUCUGGAGGAGCUGACAAACCGCCUGGCGUCCCUGCAGCAGGAGAACAAAGUGCUGAAGAUCGAGCUGGAGACGUUCAAGCUGAAGUGUAAAGCGCUGCAGGAGGAGAACAGAGACCUGCGCAAGGCCAGUGUCACGAUUCAAGCCCGAGCAGAACAAGAAGAGGAGUUCAUCAGCAACACGCUGUUUAAGAAGAUCCAGGCUUUACAGAAGGAGAAAGAAACCCUUGCUGUCAAUUAUGAGAAGGAAGAAGAAUUCCUUACCAAUGAACUCUCUCGCAAACUUAUGCAACUUCAACAUGAGAAGGCUGAGCUUGAGCAGCACUUGGAGCAAGAGCAGGAGUUCCAGGUCAACAAACUGAUGAAGAAGAUCAAGAAGUUGGAGAAUGACACCAUCUCCAAACAGCUCACCUUGGAGCAGCUCAGACGAGAGAAGAUUGACUUGGAGAACACGUUGGAGCAGGAGCAGGAGGCUCUGGUCAACCGACUAUGGAAGCGGAUGGACAAACUGGAAGCUGAGAAAAGGAUUCUCCAGGAGAAGCUGGACCAGCCGGUCUCCGCUCCUCCAUCCCCCAGGGACAUCUCCAUGGAGAUCGACUCUCCGGAGAACAUGAUGAGACACAUCCGUUUCCUGAAGAGCGAGGUGGAGAAGCUGAAGAAGAACCUGCGCACUGCCGAGCUCCAGCACACAGAGAAGCGAGCUCAGUACAUUGAGGAGGAGCGGAUCAUGCGGGAGGAGAACAUUCGGCUGCAGAGGAAGCUGCAGCGGGAGGUGGAGCGGCGCGAGGCUUUGUGCAGGCAGCUUUCUGAAAGCGAGUCCAGCCUGGAGAUGGAUGACGAGAGGUACUUCAAUGAAAUGUCAGCCCAAGGCCUUCGUCCUCGCACUGUGUCCAGUCCGAUCCCUUACACACCCUCCCCAAGCUCCAGCAGACCCAUAUCACCAGGGCUGUCGUAUGCCAGUCACACGGUGGGCUUUACCCCUCCAGCCACACUGACCCGUGCAGGCAUGUCCUACUACAACACACCAGGCCUACACGUGCAUGUUGGAGCUUCACAUGGCAUUGCGAGGCCGUCCCCGAGAAGAAGCAACAGUCCAGACAAGUUCAAGCGUCCAACACCGCCUCCUUCUCCCAACACGCAAGCUGGAACUCAGCCUGGACCCCCUCCUCCUCCUCCGCCCCCUGCAGCACCAGUGCAGCAGCAGCCUGCAGCACCACAGCCAUAAUGCAUGAGCUCAGAGUGGACUCGGACCAGAGCUACUGUAUUCUCGCCAAGCCAAAGGCUUCUCUAUCCUAUGUAAAUGGAGUCAGCAUCUUCCUCUUGCACUGAGAAUCAAAUAGGCUUCACUGUUAAUCUGUGUGUUUUGUUUGUUUUUUUUUUUUUCUCUCCCCCAUUUGGGGUUCGAAUGCAGUUCAGUGGUCUUGUGGCAUUGAUUGCAACACUAAACCUGCUUCCCCCCCCCCUCCCAUUAGAAGUCCUCCUCUGAAAGAAAUGCAGAGAGUGUUAAAGAGGGUGAAAUGAAUCGAUUUCCUGUUAAGUCUCCGCUUUUGGAUUGAUGAAGAUUAUUGCUCACCUGUAAUGCAAAAGUACUGCAAGAGCGCUCUUAUCCGCUUUGCUUAGAGAAAAGAAAAGCAGUGAUUGAUGGCUUUUUAUUUUUUAUUUUUUUACAUAUAAACAAGUCUUCUAAAGUAACACACUAGACACAUGCAGCCAGUCAGCAGCAGCUGAGAGCUGCUUUUACGGUAUAAGCACCAGAUGGGUUGGUGAGAAAGUGCAGCUAAUGGCUUUUAAGGGAUGCAGAAGAGCAACCACGAACACUCGGUCAACUGACCAAUUAGGCAGAGCUUGUUCAGUUCAUUCCUGAUGGUAAAACAUGCCCACGUGGCAAUGGGCGUUUGUUAGAACUCGGUAGACUGAUAAGAGCAUGCAUGAAAUGCAGCAUGGGCUCGCUAGGGAGAUAAAUUUGCUUUCUAGACACAUGGUUGAUAUAUAAUUUUUUUUGCUGCGAGCGUGAAAGCAUUCUUAUUAGCGCAAAGGGAGAGAAUCGUUUACUUAUAUGCUGCUGUUGGUGUAUUGCAGUUUGCAUCCGUCUAACUGUAAACAUGUACUGAUGCACCAUGUUUUUUUUCUUUCUUUCUUUUCUUUCUUAACAUGUUCAAAUGAAAUGCCUUGGACUAGGCUGAAGGACAGAGGUGUGUACGUUGUUCUUGUACCCGGUUCACAUCCUACCCUUAACAGCGUCUGUAAAUGGUACCACUGUGAAUUUUGCCCCUCGCACCCCUAUAACGUGUUCUCUAAUAUAGAUGUGUGGCUUGUUUUUUUUGGGGGGAAAAAUACAUCUCCCAUGUACACCCUCAAGGUAUAAGUCUGUCAUAGAGAGAAAGUGUAAAUAAACCUAUCCCCUUUUUGUAAGCUUUGCAGAAUAUCCUGGGACAGAGAUUGAUUGAUUUUUUUUUUUUUUUUGAUGCAUUUGAAAUUUCUCCAUAUGAUUUUAGUAGGUAUCUGUGAUCUCGUCUUCGACCUCCUCGUCUAUCCGUGACCCUGAUUCAUAGACAGGGUACACAGCCUGUUUCACGUUACCAAAUAGCAUUCAGUUAGUGCAGCUUAAAGGAAGAAAAAAAAAAACAGAACAAGCAAACACAGAGCACUUACUGUCUAUCAUGAAGAACGCUAAUUUGCAACGAAUCAAAAUGAAAAUCAGCUCGGUGAUGGAAUUACUGGUACUAAGCGGUUCCGUUGUGGUUAAGGCACACGUGUUUAAAUGAGGAUGCGGUCUGUGGCAUCGGGCCUCGGCAGUGUUACAACAGCACCACUGUUGUGUUUGUCAUAACACAUCAGUGUGGUGUUUAGGGGAACUGUCUCGAUACAAAACCUGUUUGCAGUUCAUAGAUGUAUUGUUUUUUUUCUUCCCCCCCCCCCCCUUAUAAACAAUUCCUUAAGAGACCCUGGAAACAUCCAGGGAUUUUUCUUUUGUUUACCUUUUUAUCAUUUCAGUGUAAAUAUUUCUUUCAUUGUAUGUGUAAAGGAAAAAAAAAUUGUUUUACCAUGAGGCGUUUUGAGUACAUUUCAAGUUUGUGUUCCGAUUUUACCAGAUCAUAAGUUUUUGCUCUUAUUGGUUGCUCUUGUAAUUUACUUUUAAGACUGUUGACAAAUGAAUGUAACGGUUGCUCAUGUUUUAUUGCUAUCUUCAGUGGAUGGAACACCUUUGAGCCUUAACUCACUGUGGUAUUGCUAAAUGUAAGCAUUAUCUAGCUUAUCCCCACAUCAAAUAAUUAAAGCCUUAAUAAUGUGGUCCCA